UACAGUCCUGCAAUGUUGGGCCUGAAAACUGAUCAGGAAGUUCUUGGAGAACUUGUGAAAAUGAAAGUUCCAGCUGUGGCAGAGCUGAUGGAAAGACAUGGAGUCAUUUGGACCCUAGUGGUGUCACGCUGGUUUAUAUGCUUGUUCAUUGACAUUCUUCCAGUAGAGACUGUGCUCCGAAUAUGGGAUUGUUUAUUCUAUGAGGGCUCAAAGAUCAUCUUCCGCGUGGCCUUAACGUUAAUUAAGCAACACCAAGCUUUUAUUUUGGAAGCCACGAAUUUCCCUGACAUUUGUGAUAAAUUUAAGCAGAUCACCAAAGGAACACUUGUAACGGAGUGUCACAGCUUCAUGCAGAAAAUAUUCACAGACCCUGGAAGCUUGUCCAUGGCAACAAUCAACAAACUCCGAGAGACUUGCAGAGAGAAGCUGCUUUCUCAGGGAUAACUCACCAGAUUUUAUGAGGUGGUCAGAUACUAUAGCAAUUGACACAUUCCUCUCUUUGCACUGACUAAAGCACACUUUAAGCUUUCCAUGAGUUAACUGACACGACCAAUUUUUCCUGCCUUUCAAGUAAGUGUUGUUAACACUUCGUACUGUAUGUCAGAUGGUGUAACUAGAACUGGUGGUUCUGGGGUUUUUUUUUUGUUUGUUUUUAAAGGAUUAAAGUGUUUUCAGAGUAGAAUGUGAUCAGUGUCAGGACACU